GUUCUAUUUGAACAUGCAGUGGGCUACUCCCUGUACCAAGUCACCGAGUUUGAGGAUAUUGGACAGAUGAUGCCUCAGGUGGAGGCGGCUGUUAAAGACUGUGGCAAGUUCCUGAAGGCAGUCAAACUUGUGGCAUUCAGAGCCUUCGAAAGUGCAGCAGAAUCACUUGAAAAUGUGAACAAAAUUUCUGAAGGUAAAAUGUCAGACGUGUUGGAAGCAUUCCUGGCUAGUAACAAAUUUGACACACUUGGUGUGGCAGACCCAACCCUCGGUCAAAACAUCAAAGAUGUCUUCAGCUGUAAUGUGCUACACACCGGCAUAGUGCCCGAGAUAAUUCGGGGGAUCAGGCUGUUUUUGCCCCGGUACAUAACCGGACUUACGUUAUGUGCAAUGAAGCAAGCCGAGUUGGGUUUGGGCCAUGCGUACUCGCGCUCUAAAGUGAAGUUCAACGUGAACAGAGUUGACAACAUGAUCAUCCAGAGCAUCGCCAUCAACGACCAAAUGGACAAGGAUAUCAACACGUUCGCCAUGCGCAUGAGAGAGUGGUACUCCUACCACUUCCCAGAACUCUCGCGCAUUGUUGACAACCACUACCAAUACGCUCGAGUCCUGAAGGUCAUUGAAAGAAAAGAAUCGCUGAUGGAUGACUCCAAGCUGCCUGAGCUGGUGCAAAUAGUGCAGGACGGAAAUAAGGCUGAGGAGAUCAUCAAUGCUGCUCGCAUGAGCAUGGGCACGGAUAUCAAUGACGCGGACAUGGCAAAUAUUCUCAUGUUUGCUGAGCGCGUAAUCAGCCUAACGUCAUUCAGACGUAACAUGACUGGCUACCUCAGCAACACCAUGAACAAUGUAGCGCCUAACCUGGGCGCUGUUGUUGGUGAUCAGGUUGCAGCUCGCCUCAUUUCCCAUGCAGGCUCUCUCACCAACCUGGCCAAGAUGCCGGCGUCAACUGUUCAAAUUUUAGGAGCAGAAAAGGCUUUGUUCCGUGCAUUGAAAACUCGCAGCAACACGCCCAAGUAUGGCCUCCUCUACCACGCCUCUUUCAUUGGCAAGGCUGCAUCCUCAGACAAGGGCAGGAUAUCCCGCUUCCUGGCCAACAAAUGCUCUAUUGCCUCGCGCAUCGACUGCUUCAGCGAAAGCUUGUCUACGAAGUUCGGAGAGAACUUGCGUCAGCAGGUGGAGGACCGCCUCAAGUUCUACGAGAGCGGCGACAUCCCUCGCAAGAACCUCGAGGUGAUGGCAGACGCCCAGCGCGAGCACGACGCCUUCACCGCCAGCGAAAAGAAGACCAAGAAAAGGAAGCGAGACGACAACCUUGUCUGUCAUGGCGAAAACGGACAUGAUGGUGAGAAUUGGGGAUUGUUGCUAUUCUUUCUCAGCACGCGUGUGUGA